CCCUUCCCCGGCAAUAAUGUGCGCAUCGGCAGUAGUAGCGCUUCUUCUCUUGAUUAGGACGGGAUUCUCGUGCCCGAAGUUAAGCUUCAGUAAGUCGACCGGUGCGACUAGUACAACGCGUGUCCAACAGUUUGAGAUGUGCUGCAGGACUGAAAGUAGCUUGUCCCAUUUGUGAAUGUAAAUUUCGUGAUCGUGAACGUGUACAUACAAGUGUCCGCAGAAUGGCAUCUUCAAGCGAAGCAAACUUCAUGUACGUGCGGUUAAUGGUGGUCAGUGUUGUCAUCGGUAUGGCAUGUGUACGAAUGGCAUUUGCUUGCAAUUGUAUACCGGAAAAGUUUUGCGCUGCACCACCGGAUGUGGACCUUCGGCUGAUAGAUGACGACCAGUGCCCUACGGGGAUGGUGUGCUGUGGUGAGCCGGCAAGUGACCUCGACGAAACGGUCUGCGAUGGUGGACUCUGCGUUUCCGACCAGUCACAGUGCCCUGGUGAGGAUUACGACGACGAAGAUUACGGCGCCGGACUAAUCGACCUCCGAACGAACGAUGUACGCUGCCCCGGAACUCAGUAUUGCUGCCGAACGAUGCGCGGGCAACUUCCCGCGUGUGAUGGAACGUGCGUGCCGAGGUCACUCUGCACCAUGUUCCAGCCCGGGCCGGCGGGGUGUGCGGGUGAUAACGUUUGCUGCCGGAUGGAUCGGACCGCGUGGAUUGACACGAUCAACGAUAUUAAUGCGAUGGGUGAACCAGCUUUGCUGCCCGUUAACGAUCGCGUGUCGGGGACAUGCGAGUGGAGCAGAUUGGGAACAGAUACCACCACCGUCGUACCACCCUGGCUGGUGUCGAUCUGGGCACGGGUUGACAUCCUGCCCGGUUUGCAGGCGGAUCAGUUCGUUUGUGGUGGGGUACAGGUUGACUCGUCGCUAAUAAUGACAGCCGCGAGUUGCGUGAAAGAUCGACCGGCGGAGGACAUGUUCGCGAACGUUGGUGAUUACGAUAUUUCGAGUCGAACUUUGCUGCGCGUCGAAAAUAUCUACACCGUCAAGGAGAAGAUCAUUCACGAAUAUUACAACACCUCCGAUCCGGUACACAACGAUGUCGCCUUGCUACGUCUUACCGCUCCGGUUCGCAAAGGCAAGUGUACUGCACCGCUUGCCUCACCGCCGGCGAAUGGAUGCAAAGCACGAAACCACGAUUGCUACACCAUCGGCUGGAACCGUACGUUGCUUGCAGCAGGCUCCGGGCGACCGAAACGCUACCCGGUACAGGUGACAACCUUCCAGGAGGAUCUGUUCUGCUCUCCCGGCACGAUCUGUAUCGAUCGUGACGAAGCACGAUGCAAUGUUGAGGACGAAUCUCUGCAUGGAUCGGUUGUUAUUUGCGAGGAGGGUGAGCAGCAAGACGAUUGGAAGGUAAGGGGGCUGCUAAUACGCAACUGCACGGGCGUGGCCAUUGAGAGUGUAGUGGCGUGGCUGGAGCAUCAGCGUAAUCCCGGGUUCGUGCAGAAACUGGGACCAGCAGACCCGUCCCGCCAGUAUCUGCCCGUCCGUGCGUGAUCCCCAUGGAUAACUCCAUGGACCUUUGGAAAAUGAUGCAAUGUACCAAAAUAAAUGAAAGUUUUGUUUGUUUUCUUA